AUGGCACCGAUUCUUCUUGCCACUGCCCCUGCCCAGCAGCAGCAGCAGCAACAACAGGUGGAAGGUGCGCCGAGACCCUCCGAACGGAACUGGGACCAAAAGUGUCCAAUAGACAAUAUCAUGAACACCAAUAAGUCGCCGGUGUUGCCCAAGUGGGCAAUCAAUUCGGUCAUAGUUCCGGUCACGCCCCCGGCCCCAGUCCCGGCCCCAGUCCCGGCCCCAGUCUCGGCCCCAGUCUCGGCCCCAGCCCUGGCCCCGGUACGGGGCUCACUGUUGCAGGCACAUCCGAGUCCUGAGUUAUCGGCGCCUGGACCCUCGAAGAUCCCUGGGCCGCCGACGGUGUCUGGGCCGCCGACGAUGCCUGAGCCCUCGGUGACGGAUCCGCCUCCAGAUAUGCCAAGGCUGAAUUUCAGAGGGCGAAAGCUACUCCCGGAUGGCCCAACCAAAAAGGGUGCGCUGAAUUCGAGCACGCCUCGAAACGUUGCACAAUCCUCGACAUCGGCACCGAAACAACGUGCGGCUUUAGUCUUGGCUCCAGCUGUAGCUGCAGCUCCAGCUCAAGCUCUAGCCUCAGCUGCGACUCCAGCUCCUGCAGAUGCCCAAGUUACCGCACACCCAGCAGUCGCAGCAGUCGUCAAGCAGAAGUCGAAGCCAAAGAAAGAGAACGAGAAGGUACGCUGCACCUGCAGCUUUUGUGUAGAGAAGCAUGGAACCAAUGGCAAGAUGAUUGCCGAGAAGACGUGGAAGGAGCACAAACGUGCCGACACGACCGCCAAAGAAGGGACGGUGCAGGAUCCCAAGUGCGGAAAAUGCGAGAAGCAAGAAUACGUAUGUAUUCGGAAGGAGACCGGCCCCUGUCAAGUCUGCAUGCGCAUGUCAGACGUGUGUUCCUUCACGGGCGAGUCUAAGAGAAAGAGAGAGAUAGCUAGGCGGAAGCGCGAGGAAGAAAAAGAGAAGAAGGUGGCCAACACUGUCGCUGAUCCUCCUGCUGAACCUGCUGCUCAGCAGGCGGGACAGAAGAGAGGGCCAAAGUCGUCUUCCCAAGACGGGAAAGACGACGGUCAAGUUCCUGACCUUCCUGUGAACUUCAGGCAGCAGGCAGAGCCGUCCAUCUUCAAGAAAAAGGUUGAGGGUAUCGGCAAGAGCAGCAGCCAUACGAGCGGGAGCUCGGGGUCGGAUUCGAGAAGCCGCACAAUAAGCAACUCGCCAGCUCCUGUCAUUCGGAAGAGGUCGGACGAAGUCGAGGGAGAUGCGGGCGAGGACUUUGGCCCGAGGACGAAAAGACGCCGUAUUGCCGACCAGACCGAUUGA